GUCUGGGACCUGGCAACGUGAUUCGGAUCCUGCUUAUCGCUUCGCACCAUCUGCAUCACCUGCGAACUAUAGCUGCCCUCCCUUCUGACGACGGCUUUCAGCCUACGCCAUCUCAGCCUCAUCCUGCUCUACUCUACUCUGUCCCUGCUCUGCCUAGCCAGACUAGAUUCAACCCGCCAAAAUGACUUCUAUUGUUGAGCACUCUCCGCCGGCUCACAGCCCGCCUGGCCCAGAUGCCAAACGGCCCAGAGGCAUCCUCAAAAACCCUUCCUUUGGCUCUCCGCCGUCCCCUGAACGGCCGCGAGACCGGUCUCUGUCCGCCAAAGAGGUGACCCUCGCAAACACCCACAUCAACGCCGGCCCUCGACGAUCGUCCUCCGGAGCAGGCUCGCGCCGCCACUCCUCGCACAGCAUCGGCGACCCGUCCGAGCCGGCCCAGCGUCUCAAGUGGGACGAGGCCAACCUCUACCUGACGGAGCAGGAGCGCUCGUCGACGAUGAAGAUUACGGAGCCAAAGACGCCGUAUGCCAAGCACUACGACCCCGCAGAGGACCCGACCGACGACGAAGACGGGGAUGAGGACGGCAUUGCUGUUGCUGGCCGCAAGACUCAGCGUGCCGGUGCUGAAGACGACAUUCCGGGCCUUUCGCUGGGCGAGCCGGAGGAGGAAAUCCCGGAGAGGCCAGCGCACAUAUCGCGCAGCUCCAGCGAGAAGACGGUCCACGUGGAGCAGGAGAGCGUCACCCCCUCUGCCGAGGAGGAGGUCCUGGGACUCACGCCCGAGGAGAGGGAGAAGCACCGCAAGUUUGAGGAGGCGCGGAAGAAGCACUAUGAGAUGAAGAAUGUGGCGCAGAUUUUGGGACACCCGGAGGAUCUUGAUGAUGAGGAGGAUGACGACGAUGACGAGGAGGAGAAUGGAAAUGGGGUCCCACCUAUGCCUCCUUUGCCUACCAAUAUUGCUAACGGCUCGGCGUAGUUGAAGGAAGACCAUGCAUCGGUUUUGUUUUUUGCCCUUUUUCCCCUUUCUUUUAGCCAUAUCUACUAUUCGUUUUUUUUUUUUUGUCUUAUUACAUUUUUCGGUGCACCGCUGCAUUACGGUGGGAUAUUGGGAGAAGAGGAGUAUAUUUUUGACAAGAGGAAGCUUUUAGGAGGAGUUUUAUAGGUUUUUUAUGAACUAUGAUGGCGUUUGUAGGUGGCAUGGAAACGAGGAACGCGCAUAACGGCGGCAUCACGAGGUAUGGGAAUACCAUAGUGGCAGUUUGAUCAGGACUGAAAAAAAUACACUGGUUUAUAUUUAUGUGUUGCAUCGUGUAUGUUCUGCGUGUUUGCUUCAUGACUGGUAAAUGUUAAGCUAGAAUAUGCGCUCCUACAUACUUGUUUCUAAAAACAGAAAUAGAAAUUGUUUCUAAGAAUAUC